AUGGCUGUUCUAUCCAUUCUGCUCUCGCCAUGGGCUAUGGCCUUGGCCAUCCCAGUGUGGUUCGCCUUCUACUAUGUAUACCCAUAUUUAAUAUCAUAUGGGCACUUAAUUCAAGUCCCAGGUCCUUUUGUCGCCAAAUUUAGCAAUCUAUGGGUCGGACUAAGUGCCAAACGUGGCCAGAAAUAUGCCGCAGUCGAUGCGGCGCAUCGAAAAUACGGCAAAGUUGUCCGUAUUGGUUUCAACCAUGUGUCUAUCGCCGAUGAGCGGGCAUUGAAUAUUGUUUAUGCACACGGAAAUGGAUUCCUCAAGGAUCACUACUAUGAAGCAUUUGUGGCGCGAACCCCAGGCAUGUUCAAUGUUCGUGACCGCGCCGAACACACACGCAAGCGGAAGAUUAUAUCCCAUGCCUUCUCUCCCAGGUCAGUUGCUGCUUUUGAGCCGUUCAUGGCGGAGAACCUACAGCGAUGGACAAUCCAGCUGGAUCGGAUCGCGACUUCCCAGCCUCAACGCAAUGGGAAGGAAUUCGCUCGAUACAAUGCAAUGCCCUGGUUUAGCUAUCUCGCGUUUGACAUAAUCGGAGAUCUGGCAUUUGGUUCACCAUUUGGCAUGGUAAACAAGGGUAAAGAUGAGACUGAGACGCAGCUUGUGACUGGAGGCCCCAUUUCAUAUACCCCGGCAGUCGACGUAUUGAAUAGACGAGGCGAGGUCUCUUCGACAUUGGGUCUUCUUCCAGCUCUACGUCCAUGGGCUCGGUACCUCCCCGAUCCAUUUUUCACCAAGGGCGUAGCGGCUGUGGAGAACCUGACAGGGAUUGCUGUUGCCGCUGUUGCGUCACGACUGGAUGCCGCGGAGAAGGGCCUGAUUGACUCGCGCAACGAUAUUCUCUCGCGUUUGCUACAGGCCAAGGAUGCUUAUGGAAAGCCAAUGGAGCGGGAUGAGCUCAUAGCAGAGGCUUUGACGCAGCUCAUCGCUGGCUCUGACACAAUAUCCAACACGGCCUGUGGAAUAUUUUACUGGAUUCUGCAUGGAGAACGCAUUGCUCCAGGUACGAUAAUUCCCCGAAUACAAGAGGAGUUGGACCAAGCAAUUGAACCCGAAGCAAAAAUCGCAUCUUAUUCCCAAGUCAGAGAUCUCCCAUUUCUGCGAAGAUGCAUUGAUGAGGCGAUGCGAAUUCAUUCUACCUCAGCUAUUGGUCUGCCACGUUUGGUCGCCGAUCAUAGCUUGGGUGUUGACUUUGAUGGCUUCCACUUUCCUCCCGGGACAGUGCUUUCAGUGCCUUCGUACACUAUUCAUCAUAUGAAGGAUAUUUGGGGAGAUGACGUUGAAGAAUUCAAGCCUGAUCGCUGGCUGAAUCUGACUGCCCGACAGAAAACGGCUUUCAACCCAUUCUCAUAUGGCCCCCGUGCAUGCGUUGGACAGAAUGUUGCCAUCAUGGAACUGCAGCUAAUUAUCGGAACUUUGUUUCAUCGAUAUGAGUUUACGUUGUACCAGCCAAUCAUGGAAUCACAUGAAGGGUUCUCGAAAAAACCCAAAGAGUGCCAGGCAGGUCUCAGAUUGAGAGAGCGCAGUUGA